AGCAAAAAGAACCCUUAGCGUGUAGAGAAAAAUAUGGUUAACCAAUAAUCGUCCUGUAUAGAGACGAGAAUUUACGCGCAUGCGCCUGAACGCCCGAUUCCUUCAGUCCUUUGGUACACAUCAGGUUGGAAAUGAAAUAUACAAGUUAAUAGAGCCCAAUACAAUUUUUUUUUCCUCACGUAUUAUAAAGAAAAAUUGACGAGUCGAGUCGUCGCUCGAUCAAACGUUAUAUGUGUGCUUUAUAUCGUGGUUUAAUUGAUAAAUUCAUGCACACCGGAGCGUUAACGUUAACGUAAUGCAAUAAGAUGCUUUCGAAAAUAUCGAUUUAAAGUUGGUUUUUGUUCAAAAACAAACACCAGGUCAAAUGUGAAAAGUACUGGCAAGGAAAAGCCAUUGAAUACGUUUAGAAUAUAUUGAAAUAAAUAAGUAUAAGCCUUUAGUAAGUUACUAACAGAACAGUGCAAAGCAAAACAAUGGGAUGCUUGAGUAGUAAAGACCGUUUAACUAAAGAAGACAUGGAGUUUUUGAAAACCCACACAAGAUACGAUGAAGCCACCAUUAAAGAGUGGUAUAAAGGAUUUAAGCAAGAUUGCCCGAACGGGCGUUUGACGCCAGCAAAAUUUGUCGAUAUGUAUAAAAUGUUUUUUCCAUCCGGAAAUGCGGAGGAAUUUUGUGACCAUGUUUUUCGUACAUUUGAUAUGGACAAAAAUGGAUAUAUCGACUUCAAGGAAUUUUUACUUGCAAUAGAUGUUACUUCAAGCGGAACACCAGAAGAAAAGCUAAAAUGGGCUUUUCGAAUGUACGAUGUUGAUGGAAAUGGUGUCAUAGACAUACAAGAAAUGACCAAAAUUGUUCAGGCAAUUUAUGAUAUGCUUGGAGCGUGCUCAUCCAAUCGUCCUGCAGACUCCGCGGAAGAACGAGCAAAAAAUAUAUUUGCUAAGAUGGACGAAAAUAAUGAUGGUCAAUUAACGCAGGAUGAGUUUUUAAAAGGAUGCUUACAAGAUGAAGAGUUGUCCAAAAUGUUGGCGCCAUAAACAAUUAUAUCCUACAAUAUGUGUGUAUUUGAUGAAAUCAGUAAUGAAAUGUAUAAAUAUUUAAUUUAUAUUUCUUAUACUAAAAUUAAACUAUGGAAUCAUUAAAAUA